AUGGCCGAUCACCAGCACAGACUCAAUGCCACACGCCCAUUAAGCGGUAAAUUGGCCAUUGUGACCGGGGCCACCAGAGGCAUCGGUCUGGCCGUCGCGAACAACCUAGCCAGCAAAGGCUGUUCGCUUGUCUUGGGGUACACCAGCAAAAGCUCCAUCAAGCUUGCCGACGACCUCGUUGUCGAGUUCAAGAAGAAGUACGAUAUAGAUGCAAUUGGAGCUCAGGCCGAUGUGAGCGAUGAAGCUGGGGCGAGCACUAUUGUGGCAUUGGCAAAGAAAAGCUUCACCAACUCCCACACUGGUCAGUUUCAAAUCGACAUAAUCGUCAACAAUGCCGGCAUCGCCCCUCUCAAACCAUUGGGUGAGAUCUCCCACGCCGACUUCCACCAAGUCUACUCAGUCAACGUGCUCGGUCCUAUCUUCCUGAUGCAAGCGUGCCUGCCAUACUUGCCACAAGAUCGAUCUGGUCGCAUCGUGAACGUGUCGAGCGUGGGAACUGCAUUGGGGCUUCGAGACCAGACCAUCUACGCGGGUUCAAAAGGUGCUUUGGAGGCCAUGACUAGAGUCUGGGCCCGCGAACUGGCUGAACGUGCCACGGUAAACUCGGUCAAUCCUGGCCCAGUUUUGUCUGAUAUCUACGUGGCCUGUCCGGAUGACAUCAAAUCCAUGCUCGGGCAAUGGAGUCUGGUCUCUCCGCUCGCAGCUGUCCGACCGCAAGACGACAAGGAAAUACAGACCUGGGCGAAGUUUGGAGGUCGGCCGGCAUAUCCCUCCGAGGCGGCGGGAACUAUUGCUAUGUUGUGUUUGCCGGAUGCGGCAUGGACUACGGGCAGCGUAAUCUCGGCGAACGGAGGAAUGCGUUUUUCGUAUUGA